CAUUGACAAAAUGAAACGUAAUUUAUUUACUUCGAAGAACUUCAUCUUUGUGGUUGGAAUUAUUUAUUAAUCAGCGAAAAACAUUUGGAAAAAUUUCAAUUUUUUCGUCAUACAUGAAAAGUUCAAACAUUAAAAUUGAAGGCAUUCGCGUCGGUUGUGCUGCACAAACCUCAUGAAUUGUCUGCCACUCGGUAAUGAUUCUAGUUGAAGUUUGGUUUUGAUACACAAGUUUGAAUUGUGGUUGUUCGUUCUGAAACUGCAAAAAGUUUAAAAAAAAUUUAAUGUCAAAUCGAUAUGACAUGCGUGACAGGGUCAAUAAAUGCUAAUCGCUUGAAGAGCUUGUAAAUACUUUGUAGUCGGCAACGAAAGUGUUUGGUCAGUGGUCAACGGCAUUUUACGUGUGAAGGUCAUUCUCGAGUAAAAAGCCAAUUAAAGUUUUGUUAACGUGCAAAAAAGUGAACAAUGAACAAAAAUUAAAUAAUAAAAAAACUGAAAAAAAAAUUCUGAAAAGUACCUAGUAAAAAAGUGAACAAUGUUGUUGUUAAUCACAACCUUUUUGGUAACGUUGGUAACCACUGCAUACCUUUAUGUGAAAUAUGUAUUUUCGUAUUGGAAACGUCGAGGCUUACCAUUUGUACAACCAACGCUACCGUAUGGAGGUUUCGGUCCAGUGUUUAGAAAGGAAAAAGGAUUUAGUCAACAUCUCCAUGAUCUGUAUCGCAGUUCGGAUGCGCCAAUAUUGGGCAUUUUUGCAUCCAUUCGGCCAGCUUUAUUGAUCCGGGAUCCGAAAGUCAUUCGCGACAUUUUAAUAAAGGAUUUUCAACAUUUUUGGCAUCGUGGAUUCCAUUAUGACGAAAGUGUUGAUCCAUUAGCCGGCAAUUUAUUCUCACAGAGUGGUGACAAAUGGAGAGAGAUGCGAACAAAACUUUCCCCGGCAUUUACAUCAGGGAAACUAAAGGCAAUGUUCGAAACGAUAGUUGAAUGUGGAAAGCCACUUGAGAAACACUUGAAAAAAUUGGCCGCAAAGAACAAAGAGGUUGAAGUGCGCGAUAUAUUUGCCCGGUUCACUACAAAUGUAAUUGCGUCGGUUGCAUUCGGUAUCGAAAUCGAUUGUUUCGAAAAUCCAGACGAUGAAUUCAAAAAAUAUGCUUGGCGAUUCUUCGAACCGAAAUUCAAGCAUGUAAUUCGUUUCAAUUUGUCAUUUUUUAGCCCAUUUCUGAUGAAAUUGUUCAAAGUUCGAUUUGCUGACAAAGAUGUUGAAGAAUUCAUGAAAGAUACUAUUAAAAAAAAUCUGGAUUAUCGGGAAAAAAAUAGCAUUUCACGAAAGGACUUUUUCCAACUGUUGGUGCAAGUGAGAAAUACUGGAAAUGUGGUCGAUGAUGGUGCCGAUUGGACGACAAAAGCAACAAAUGAUCCAAAAUCAAUGAGUUUAGAUGAUAUUGCAGCUCAAGCAUACGACUUUUUCAUUGCUGGUUACGAAUCGAGUUCCACUACGAUGUCAUUUUGUUUGUACGAACUCUGUCGCGAUCCGGAAACAAAAGAUAAGGCUUAUGAGGAAAUAGUGAAUGUCUUACAAAAACACGAUGGACAUUUAUCUUAUGAAUCGCUGAGUGAGAUGAAAUAUUUGGAUAAUUGUAUUGAUGAAACUCUUCGAUUGCAUCCGCCGUUUGAAUUCAUUUCAAGAGAGUGCACAAAAGAUUACAGAGUAGCGGACACCAAUGUGGUCAUUGAGAAUGGAACGCCAAUCUUUAUUUCAGUCACUGGGCCACAUUAUGACUCAAAAUACUAUACAGAGCCAGAACGAUUCAAUCCAGAUCGUUUCAAAGAUGAUCUAAAUGUGAACAAAAAUUCUCAAACUAUGCCAUUUCUUUCGUUUGGAGACGGCCCAAGGAACUGUAUAGCAGCUCGCUUGGGAAAAAUUCAGUCAAAAAUCGGUGUUUGUUUAUUGUUGAAGAAAUUUUCAUUCGAAUUAGGUGAACAACACAUAAACAAACCACUUAUAUUGAAUCCAAUGAGUGGAGUUAGAGCUCCAAUAUCAGGCAUUAAGCUUAAGGUUCAACCUCGUUGAAUUGAGCAAUUGCUUGAUUUGUCAGACAAGAAAAUUGAAACAGAAACGAAUAAAGUGAUUGUGUUAAUCUUUAAUGUUUUUAUACCACCCAAAUGUGAUAGUACGUGGAAAGUUUCGACAUCACAUCCAGUUGAAUAUAAGCAUUCGUCUUAUGAACAGACGAUAAAGAGAAUAACAAUGCGCAUGUGUAUUAGUAGCUGCUUUUAUAGGCAUCGCUUAAGUCUACUCACUUAUACACGCGCAUUGUUAUUUAUUCGCUUUUUCGUAUAUUCGUAAGAUGAAUGCUCACAUCCAACUGGAUGUGACAUCGAAACGUUUGACGUAGUGUUGCGCUUGGGCAAUAGCAAGUGUUUGUUGCUCUUCAAAUAAAAGAUGUAUUCUUAAAAGAUUGA